AUGAAGACAUCUUUUGUCUUCCUCUUGGUUCUAACUCUAGCUCUUUCCUUUUCAUCUGCAUAUUCUCAAGAUUUUAUAAGCUGCGUAGAAUCCAAAUCAACCAAUGCGAGCUCCAUUUCUCAGCUCAUUUACACCCCUGGCAAUGCUUCUUUCCUACCCAUUUGGCAAUUCGCAGUCCAAAACACAAGGUUCCUUAAACCCUCCACUCCUAGACCAUCAAUCAUCGUGACACCUACGGAUGAAUCACUCAUCCAAACAUCUAUUCACUGUGCCAAGAAACAUGGGUACGAGAUCAGGAUCAGAAGUGGGGGGCAUGACUUCGAGGGCCUCUCAUACACUGCGGAUGUUCCAUUUGUUAUGAUCGAUCUCAACAACAUGAGAUCUAUAGACAUAGACGUAGCUAACAGUACUGCAUGGGUGGGGACAGGCGCUGUGCUUGGUGAACUUUACUACAGUAUUGCACAGAAGUCCAACAACACCUUGUAUUUCCCCGGGAUGUCAAUGGAAACAUUCUUGAUAGGAAGUCGAUGGGUGAAGAUUUGUUUUGGGCGAUUCGAGGAGGUGUUGCUUCCAGUUUCGGAGUCGUUGUUGCAUGGAAGUUGCAGUUGGUUCCUGUUCCAGAAAAAAAAAUUUGUACAUAAGAUCCCAAGUGGCUUCGGAAUUUAUCGGCAACACCCCACCCAGAAAACCAUACGAAUUAUCUUCCAAGGAAUUUAUCAGGGCACAACCAACACAUUGCUUCCGGUGUUGGACAAAGUUUUUCCAGAGCUCGGUGUUACACGAGAGAUUUGUCAGGAAAUGACAAGUGUCCAGUCAACACUUGUGUUUUUUGGAAGGCCAAGCUCCACCCCGCUUGAGAUUCUUACAAACCGAUCUGCCAUACCCAAGUCAAACAGCAAAACUAAAUCAAACUUCGUCCGAGAACCGAUCCCCAUAUCCGGAUUGAGAGAAAUCUGGAAUAAGUUUUUUGAAAACGAUUUGUCGGGUGGUUUGCUUAUCAUUCCUGCUGGAGGAAGAAUGGAUGACUACUCAGAGACAGCGACACCAUAUCCUCAUAGAGCUGGAACCUUGUACUUGUUGGCUACUAGUGUAAAUUUUGUAGGUCAAGCUAACGAUACAACCCCUGUAUCGCUUAGAAGAUUAGCUUGGUUGCAAAGCUUAGAAGAGUUGUUGACUCCUUAUGUGUCACAGAACCCGAGGGAGUCGUAUGUCAAUAACAAUGAUCUGGAUAUCGGUGUUGGGGCUGCGAAUUAUAUGGAAGCAAGUGUUUGGGGCGAGAGGUACUGGAAGAGGGACAAUUUCAUGAGGUUGAUUCGAAUCAAGGCUAAAGUUGAUCCCGAUAAUUUCUUUAAGUUCCCACAAAGUAUCCCAGUCUUUAAGCGCCGAGGUCUCGCACAAUAA